GUCCUCACCACGCCAUCCACCACCACCACCACCACGGUCUACUCUCUCUCCUUGCGACCUCCUCUCAAUUUUUGCCCCUCGCUGCUGUACACCAUGCUCCAUCCAACCCUCAUUCACCCACAGCAAUGAAGACAAGGGCUCGUCCCGACUCAUCUCCCCCAGCAGCGUCGUUCAGCCAAAAAUCGGGAACCUCGUCCUUCGGCGGCGAGGAUGCCGGCUUCCUCGAGGCGCUCGCCGCCAUACCGCUGACGCAGAGCGAUGGUAGCCAAAAGGCAGAAUCUGCUGACGCUUCGUCUCCUCGUCGAAAGAGGUUACGCUUCGCAUCGCCACCCUCGCCAUCAUCCUCAUCGCCGCCCAUUGAUGCUUCCCCGUCUGCCUCGCCCGAAAAGGCUGCGCAACCUGACUAUAUGCAGUCAACGACGUACGAUGCGCUGCGGUUUGGGGAUUUCAGCACUUACAUGCGCAACAAACGAGCCAAACUCAAAGUGCAAGAGGCUCAGCUCAAAGAGCAGGAAGACGCCUUGCGCGCAGCGGCGGCCAAGUACCGGGAUGGCAGCGACAACGCCCACCAAUCAUCUCCCCCACCCCCGCCCAUCUUCAAAGGCUGCACGAUCUACAUCACAGGUCAUACCGAGCCGCCGUACCAAGAGCUGCGCCGGCUCAUUGUACUGCAUGGCGGCAACUUCAUGGCGUAUCUCGAUCAGAAGAAGCCAGUCACGCACAUCGUUGCUUCAAACUUGACUCCAAAGAAGCGGGAGGAGUUCCGAGAGUACAAGGUCGUCAGGCCGGAGUGGGUCAUGGAGAGUAUACGAGCCGGGAGAAAGCUGGCUUGGCACAACUUCCGAGUUGAGGCAGACGCAGGUGGGGCGAUUGGCAGCGAAAGACUGCCCGUUGGGGUCGCCGCCAACGAGGGGAGACAAGAUGGCUUCCUUGCUGCGCCGGCCUCGAUCUCAGCGCCGAAGCAAUCCGGCUACCUCGCUGGGGCUACGCCAUGGGGUAGGGCUGUAGCGCAGAAGAAGUUGACUGGCUUUACAGUCGCAGAGAACAAGAAGGCAGCGCCAGCCCCAGCCCCAGCUCGCCCGCCAUCGCCACCUCGCCAGCCGACGCCCCCACGCUCGCCUUCACCCUCCCGCGAGCCAUCGUCUCCUCCUCCUCGGAUCUCUCCCAGUCGACCGGCCACACCCGAUACCUCGUCGCCCAUCACGGCCUCUCAGGAGGAAUGGCUAUCCACCCUCGAGACCCCUCCUCGUCCCAAGCCGGAAACGCCUCGCAAAGACUUCGAAGCCCUGGUUGGUACCGACCCAGUCUCCAAGUCUGCUGCCCUCGCGCAUCCUUACGCCAGCCGUUCAGCCAACACUACCGCAGCCCGCCUCAUGGCAUCCCCCUCAUGGCGGGAGCGCAACACCGCAACGAGCGAAUCCUUCCUCUCGGGCUACUUUGCCAAGUCGCGUCUACACUACCUCAGCACAUGGAAGGGUGAGCUCAAAGACCUCGUCAGUCAGGCGCUCAAGGACGCCGGUAGGGAGGACGACCAUCUGCAGCCUCUUCCAAAGGGAGCCUCCCGUGUCAUCAUGCACAUCGACUUUGAUUCCUUCUUUGUCAGCGUGGGGCUGCGACACCGGCCAGACCUCAAAGACAAGCCUGUGGUCGUGUGUCAUAGCGGGUCGCACGAGGGAACCUCGAGCACCUCGGAAAUUGCCUCGUGCAAUUACGUUGCACGCUCGUUUGGCGUGCACAAUGGCUGGUCGCUAGGGAGGGCACGCCAGCUCUGCCCACAUGUCCAGCCGAUACCGUACGAUUUUGAAGGAUACAAAGACGUGUCGAUUCAGUUCUACUCGCUGCUAUUGGCGUACGCAGAUGCAAUCGAGGCAGUCUCUGUCGACGAAGCGCUCGUCGACGUUUCGCGUCUUCUGCAGUCCAUGCGAAGCGGCGGUGCCACUCUCGAGGACGAUGAUGAACGCAAAGUGCUGCUCAAUGCCUAUCGCGGCCAUGUCAGCAGCCAGGGCGAACGCUGGACUGAGGAGAAGCAGCUGGCCGAAGCACUCCGCGAUGAGAUUCGACGCCGAACAGGCUGCGAAGCCAGCAUUGGCAUUGGAGCCAAUACGCUGCAGGCCCGUCUGGCCACUCGGCACGCUAAGCCCGGCGGAUCGUACCACCUCGAGCCUGCGGCGCUAGACGACUUCCUCUCCAACCUGGAUAUCGACGACCUACAAGGCGUGGGAUACUCGACGCGACACCGUUUCCAAGCCCUCUUUGGCACGGCUAACAUAGCAGAGCUAAAGCGGGCCGCCAGUGUGUCUCAAUUCAUGAGCGAGCUCGGUCCCAAGCUGGGAAGACAAGUCUGGGACAAGAUGCAUGGCAUCGAUCGCGCCGAGCUCGAAGGGACCAAGCAGCGACAAAGUGUGGGUGCGGCCGUCAACUAUGCCAUCCGCUUCAAGAGUCAAGAAGAGGCGGAGCGCUUCGUUCGCAACCUGUCAGAGGAGGUGGCGAACCGUCUCGCGGGCUACAAGCUGAAGGGCAAGCAGGCAAACGUCACCAUCAUGGUACGUGACCCUGCUGCCCCAGUGGAGGCUCCCAAGUUCCUCGGCCACGGGGUAUGCGAUGUGCACAAUCGUAGCUGCGCAUUGACGGGGCCUGGCGGCGGAGCCACAAACGAGCAAGAGCUCAUAUUCAAGGCUGCGUGGAAGCUGAUCAAGGGGCUGAACGCUGAUCCGAGAGAAUUGAGGGGGAUCGGGAUCAGCUGUACCAAAUUGGAGCCGACGGAGCCUGGCGUGAUCAAGGCGAAGCCGGGGCAGAGGUUGCUCAACUUUGCCAGCGCGCCGGUGACUCCGUCCAAGUUGCCGAGGAGGGUCGACGUGGACGAGGAUGACGAAAGUAAUGAGGAAGAAGAGCACUCUGCCCUGACGCCAGGUCCAUCUGCGCUGCGCUCUCAAAGGCAGCCAAGUCCACCAACCUCACCGACGAAGCCUCCCUUGGAACCGGCGAUGCCGAUGCCUUCGCUCGUCGACAGCCCAGCACGUCCAGUCGAAGCGCCACCGCAGCUGCCCCUCCCCACUCGCUCCCAGUCGUUGGAGCCUACGCCGCGCCCGCCAUUGCCACCGCCUCCGACCCGGGCACCUGCGCCACGGCAGGUAGCUCUCAACUUACACCGCCUACCUACGCCCUUCGAUCGAGCAGCGGCGACGAGACGUGGGGUAGGGCCAGGCAAGAACGCCCCCCCUGCUGGCCCUGCGCUCCCUCUGCCCACAAUGUCGCAGCUGGAUCCGUCCGUCCUCGGCGAGCUUCCCCCUUCCAUCCGAGAUGAGGUGCUUCGUGAAAGCCGCAGGAUGGCCACGACUCGAUCAGCAGCUGCAGCUGCAGCCACGGGCAUGAGUCGCUCCCUUUCGGCCUCCCCAUCUAAGCGUCAGCUUGCAGCGAUGAAAGGCGGCACAGGCACCUCACCUUCGAGCCAGCGCCUUCUUCAAUUCCCAGCAAUUGCUCGCAAUCCACCAGCCCCGCUGCGCCUUGAAAAGGACAAGCCCGCAUCCUCGACUCACUCAGAUCCGUCAACCAUCAGCGCCUCGCAAUUGCUCGCUCUUGGCAUCGACGCAGGUGUGUUCGCCGCCCUUCCCUCCAGUGUGCAGCGCGAGACGCUGCUGGCGCACAGUCGUGAGGCGAGGGGUAAAGAUGCACGCUCGGUCGCUGGGAAGAGGCAUCAAGAGAUGAGUCUUGCCGACGAGCGUCGCCUUGAUGCGGAGAAGGCGCGGGGGGCUCUAGAUGUAGACGAUGAGAGGACGUAUCUCACUGCGAUGCCCGUCGCAGGGCGAGAGGAGGCUAAAGCUACCGAGGAAGGCGAACAAGCUCUGCCUUCCAUCUUGCGCCGCUGGUCGUUCGAGGACGUUCAUUCCCUCCUCACUUCGUGGGUGCAACGCUACGCGACCAGAGCACCUAGACCGAAUGAUGUGAAUAGAUUCACGCGCUUCCUCGUUGGCAGCAUAAGUGCCGAUGGUAUACCCGGUAGUCGCAUGUGCGAUUUGGAAAAGGUGCAAAGCCUGCUACGAGGUUGGGAAGAGACGGUCGACACCGAGGUGGACAAGACCGUGGAGGCUGCCGUGCAAGGGUGGAAGGAGGCGUUGCACGGCGUCAGGACGGAGGUGAAUGCUGCGACACGGGCGCGCUUCGGUGGCCGGCUAAAGCUGUGAAGCGCGGAUGAAUGGCUCUCUCUGUAUUUUUUGUCCUUUACUUCCCGCUUUUGUGUAGAGAUGCUCGAAAUGCUCGAAAUGCUCGAUGCUCGAUUGAGUGC